AUGGCCUCUGUGGCGGCGACGCACGCCAAGAAGGCUGCCACAGAAUUUGACGAUGAGAUGGAGAUUGGGACUGCAAGCGUGAGUAACGCUGCCCACUCUACUGGAGGCGCCGACAUGUUGAACAAUGAAACAAUGAAGGCGAUGUGGAAGGCUAUUCAGGCAGUAGAGACAACGAGGUGGGGUGCCGCGGAGGCAAGCAAUAUCGCUGACGAGGCAUCGAAGAGCGCUGCCGUUGCAGCGGGGACCGCCGACUCCGUGAUGACUCUCUCGGAGUCCGCUGCCGCUGCCGCGAAGAAAGCAAUGCAACAGGCUCGGAUGGCCAAGGCAGCGGUUGAGACUGCGAGGACUAACGCUGAAGAGGAAUCCAAAAAGUCUGCCGAUAAUCACACUGAGGCAGAUAAUUCUGCGAAUGGAGUCGCGGCCACUGAGGCUGUGAACCGCCCCCAAAACACCGCGGCCCGCAGUCAGCGAGACAACGCUCAGCAGGACAAAAGUCAUCGAGACGACGCUCAGCAGGUCAAAAGUCAGCGAGACAAUGGUCGAGCAGAUGGCACCAGCCGCCCUCCGUGGGUGCGUGCACCGCUGCUGCUUGCGUUGGUGGUGCUUGCCUCCCUUGCUGUGUGCUGA